GGCUCCCUGCCCAGCGCCCAGCGCCCCCCUUUUGUCUCCCCUCCCUUCCCUCCGCUCGCGUCGCCUUCUGCGCCCCCUCCCCGCGCCCGUCCCGCCGCCCAACUUUUCCGCCAACUCGCGCUGGGGAGCUGGCGAGGCGGCGGCGGCUCCGCGAGUCAGCUUGCAAAGGAGGAUCGAGCCCACGGCGGAGUCUCCAUGGAGGUGUGGAGCCUGGUCACCAACCUCUAACCGCAGAACUGGGAUGUGGAGCCGGAAGUGUCUCCUCUUCUGGGCCGUGCUGGUCACAGCCACGCUCUGCACUGCCAAGCCGGCCCCGACCUUGCCGGAGCAAGCCCAGCCCUGGGGAGCCCCCGUGGAAGUGGAGUCCCUCCUGGUCCACCCCGGUGACCUGCUGCAGCUCCGCUGUCGGCUGCGGGACGAUGUUCAGAGCAUCAACUGGCUGCGGGACGGGGUGCAGCUGGCGGACAGCAACCGCACGCGCAUCACCGGGGAGGAGGUGGAGGUUCGGGGCUCCGUGCCCGCCGACUCAGGCCUCUACGCCUGCGUGACCAGCAGCCCCUCCGGCAGUGAUACCACCUACUUCUCCGUCAAUGUCUCAGAUGCGCUCCCCUCGUCGGAGGACGACGAUGACGACGAUGACUCCUCUUCGGAGGAGAAGGAAACAGAUAACACCAAACCAAACCGUAUGCCCGUGGCUCCGUACUGGACGUCACCAGAAAAGAUGGAAAAGAAACUGCACGCGGUGCCAGCUGCCAAGACAGUGAAGUUCAAAUGCCCUUCCAGUGGGACCCCGAACCCCACGCUGCGCUGGCUGAAAAACGGCAAAGAAUUCAAGCCCGACCACAGGAUCGGAGGCUACAAGGUCCGUUAUGCCACCUGGAGCAUCAUUAUGGACUCCGUGGUGCCUUCGGAUAAGGGCAACUACACCUGCAUCGUGGAGAAUGAAUACGGCAGCAUCAACCAUACCUACCAGCUUGAUGUUGUGGAGCGGUCCCCUCACCGGCCCAUCCUGCAGGCGGGCUUGCCGGCCAACAAGACGGUGGCCCUGGGCAGCAACGUGGAGUUCAUGUGCAAGGUGUACAGUGACCCGCAGCCCCACAUCCAGUGGCUGAAGCACAUCGAGGUGAACGGGAGUAAGAUUGGGCCGGACAACCUGCCUUAUGUCCAGAUCUUGAAGCAUUCGGGGAUAAAUAGCUCGGAUGCGGAGGUCCUGACCCUGUUCAAUGUGACAGAGGCCCAGAGCGGGGAGUAUGUGUGUAAGGUUUCCAAUUAUAUUGGUGAAGCUAACCAGUCUGCGUGGCUCACAGUCACCAGACCUGUGGCAAAAGCCCUGGAAGAGAGACCAGCGGUGAUGACCUCGCCACUGUACCUGGAGAUUAUCAUCUAUUGCACGGGGGCCUUCCUCAUCUCCUGCAUGGUGGGGUCUGUCAUCAUCUACAAGAUGAAGAGCGGCACGAAGAAGAGUGACUUCCACAGCCAGAUGGCCGUGCACAAGCUGGCCAAGAGCAUCCCUCUGCGCAGACAGGUAACAGUGUCGGCCGACUCCAGUGCAUCCAUGAACUCCGGGGUCCUGCUGGUUCGGCCCUCGCGUCUCUCCUCCAGCGGCACCCCUAUGCUGGCCGGGGUCUCUGAAUAUGAGCUUCCCGAAGACCCUCGCUGGGAGCUGCCUCGGGACAGACUGGUUUUAGGCAAGCCCUUGGGAGAGGGCUGCUUUGGGCAGGUGGUGUUGGCGGAGGCCAUCGGGCUGGACAAGGACAAACCCAACCGUGUGACCAAAGUGGCCGUGAAGAUGCUAAAGUCGGAUGCAACAGAGAAAGACCUGUCGGACCUGAUCUCCGAGAUGGAGAUGAUGAAGAUGAUUGGAAAACACAAGAACAUCAUCAACCUGCUGGGGGCCUGUACACAGGACGGUCCCCUGUAUGUCAUCGUGGAGUACGCCUCCAAGGGCAACCUCCGAGAGUACCUGCAGGCCCGGAGGCCGCCGGGGCUGGAGUACUGCUACAACCCCAGCCACCACCCCGAGGAGCAGCUCUCCUCCAAGGACCUGGUGUCCUGUGCCUACCAGGUGGCCCGAGGCAUGGAAUAUCUUGCCUCCAAGAAGUGCAUCCACCGGGACCUGGCCGCCAGGAACGUCCUGGUGACGGAGGACAACGUGAUGAAGAUCGCGGACUUCGGUCUUGCUCGAGACAUCCACCACAUCGACUACUAUAAAAAGACAACCAACGGCCGACUGCCCGUCAAGUGGAUGGCACCGGAGGCCUUGUUUGACCGGAUCUACACCCACCAGAGCGACGUGUGGUCUUUUGGGGUGCUCCUCUGGGAAAUCUUCACUCUGGGCGGCUCCCCAUACCCUGGGGUCCCCGUGGAGGAGCUUUUCAAGCUGCUGAAGGAGGGUCAUCGUAUGGACAAGCCCAGUAACUGCACCAACGAGCUCUACAUGAUGAUGAGAGACUGCUGGCACGCGGUCCCCUCUCAGAGACCCACCUUCAAGCAGCUGGUGGAAGACCUGGACCGCAUCGUGGCCUUGACCUCCAACCAGGAGUACCUGGACCUGUCAAUGCCCCUGGACCAAUACUCCCCCAGCUUCCCCGACACCCGCAGCUCCACCUGCUCCUCCGGGGAGGAUUCCGUCUUUUCUCACGAGCCCUUGCCCGAGGAACCCUGCCUGCCCCGACACCCGGCCCAGCUGGCCAACGGCGGACUCAAACGGCGCUGACUGGCCCCCACACCCCGCACCCCUCCCCGAACUCCAUCCUCAACGCCUCGCCCCUCCUCCCGCUGGACUCGCUGCCUCCCCUGCGCUCUGCUGGCCGGCCUCCCUGAGGCCCGCACCCCCGAGCUCCCCUCCUCUCCUCCUCACAGCCUGACAGAGGAGCAGGGAGGCCGGUCCUUGCUGACGGCUACUACGUGGCCUGCCAAACGCUGGACCAAGACCCCCUCCCUGCCGCCUGGAGGGUCGGGCAGUGGGGGCCGAGCCGCCCUCGAGCGAGAGCCGACUGAGCUUUCCUGCAUUGGUGUUGCCUGCUCUGUGCAGCCCAUGGCCCGUGUUCUGUGGCAGAUCCUCGCGCCAGAGCGGGAGUUGGGUGUAGUGGUGGUUAGCACCCGGGCCUCCGCAGAAGGCGACCUCUGUUCCAGACGGAUAGUGCCAGUGGCUUAUUGAUUCCGAAACUAAUUUGCUUUGCUGACCAAAUACCUGGUACCCGAGGGUGGGGACGCAGAGGCCGGGAGCCGGCGGCGUGGCCCUGGGGCCCAGCCCCAAAGCAGGGGCUCUGUACAUAGCUACGAAGAAAACACAAAGUGUAUAAAUCUGAGUAUAUAUUUACAUGUCUUUUUAAAAGGGUCGUUACCAGAGAUUUACCCAUUGGGUAAGAUGCUCCUGGUGGUUGGGAGGCAUCAGUUGCUAUAUAUUAAAAACAAAGAAAAAAGAAAAAAAAAAAAAAAGAAAAUGUUUUUAAAAAGGUCAUAUAUUUUUUGCUACUUUUGCUGUUUUAUUUUUUUAAAUUAUGUUCUAAACCUAUUUUCAGUUUAGGUCCCUCAAUAAAAAUUGCUGCUGCUUCAUUUUUA